UCAAGUUUAGAUGCUGCCAUGAAGGAAUCUGCCUCUGAAGGGUUAGGAAACUCGAAGAAGCAAGCGAAAAUUAUUACGUUAGAGGAAGAAGCAAAUUCCCAGAUAGCCACUGGUUAUGACAGAAAAAGUGGCUUGAAGUUUCUUGAAUACCAUGAGGACAUAUCAAAAACGAAUGCAGGCGGAUUAAAAGAUCGUAAGGUGAAGGACAAAGUUACUCGAGCGUACGAAAACAAGAGAAAUCCAGAAAGAUGUGUGGUAUGGGAAAAAUACGAGAAAUAUCUGAGAUUGUGCCCCGAACAUAAAACUGGUGAAAGCGAUGCGCUGUACUUGACUCCUCUAAAACACCGAAAACCUGACUGUUGGUAUAGUUCGGUGCCGGUAGGRCACAACAAACUGACGUCGACUGUGAAGCGACUGUGUGAUGCCAGUGGUUUGUCAGGAUACCGAACAAAUCAUUCCUUACGUGCCACGGCUGCGACCCGUAUGUUUGAUGUUGRUGUUGAUGAACAGCUAAUUUGCGAAAAGACAGGUCAUCGUAGUAGUGCCGUACGAGCAUACAAAAGCACUUCUACGAAUCAAGAAGUAAUGGUGUCCCAUAUCUUGUAUGGCUGUGCGGAGGAGAAAACAAAGAAGGCCAAGAUGGAAGAUCAGAAGCAAGAAGUUCUGAAGUCUCAAUCAGAUGAGCUGAAGCUGAGACGUUUGGAUGAGAUCUAAGGGAAGUUCGAUAUUAACAUAAAUUUUUUCUGAUCAGAGUGCAAGACUACAAAAUUAAGAAACCUUGAUGAAGUGUUGUUAAUUACCAAGUUAUUUUUUGUUGUUUAAGUUGAUUAAAACUAUUUGCAUAUU